AUGGAGGAGUGCGCUUGCCUCUGCAGCUUGGGCUCUUCACGGGGAUGUCGGUGUCGCCAGGAGUGCCAGGGCCCAGCUGAGAAGGCAGCAGCCGAUGGCAAGCGCCCGGCAGAAAAGCAUCUCGAGGCAGAUGUGGCAGCGCGGUGCUGUCCGGGGAGUGGAGGAAUUGCGAGCCCCAUGCCACCCCCUCACUGCUCCCUGCAGGACCCGCCGGUGGAGAUGCUGGUGGAGAUCUUCGCCUUGCUCCCCGGGACUGACCUGCCCAGCCUGGCCCAGGCCUGCACCAAAUUCCACCACAUCCUGCACAUUGACAGCAUCUGGAGACGCUGCAGGGAGGAGUAUGGCAUUCAUGAAAACUUGCAGAACUUGGAGAUGAUCAGUAUGUCUUAUCGAGAAGUCUAUGCGAAGAUGUUCCCAUACAGAAACAUUUUGGGUUUGUGGCAGCUAGAUGAUAGCUAUAGAGGACUGCUGAAUGUAAUGGUGGAUGGCUUAUGCAUUACUGGUUGGACGUACAGGCCUUCCCUUAACACCCAUGUGUAUGGCCCAAUGCAAUUCGAGCCCUCGUUUAGAAUUCGCCUGACGGAGAGGAAAUCAGCCACGGUGGAAUUCAGAAGGACAGGUUCAGCAUCCAAUGGAUCAAGAGAGACCACCGAAAGGAUUCACCAAGGCGGCUUAGGGGAGAACGGGGGGCUGGUGCUGUUGGAGGAGGACAGACGGCUGUAUGACUGGCUGACCUACCGCUGCAUGGUGCUGGUGCAGGAGCACAGCCAGCUGUAUGACUGUUGGACCUACCGCCGUGUCUACCUCCCGCCGAGCCACACGGACGACCUCAUCAGGCCAGGCCUCUUCCACGGCAAAUACGAUACCAUCGGCCUAAGUAUUGCCAUGCUCAGCUUCCAUGUGAAGUAUGCUAGGGUCACGAAGAUCAUGGGAGACUCCAUCGGGACGUUAGAGAUCCAUCUCAUGCGCCGCAUCCAGCUGCUAAAUGGCAAGAUCUUACGCAACUUCAAGCAGCUCUCCCGCGUGGUCCAGGAGAUUGACGAGCAGGUGAUCCGGGAGCAGCAGCAGCAGCGCCUCCCUGGAGUCUUCAUCCUGUUCGAUGAGAACCACUUGGGGUUCAUCGGUCUGGAGACUAAAUACUUCAUCCUGUUUGGCAGAGUCCAGAACACCUUCCAGAAAGUGGAGGCACCAUCUCCGCAGGCCUUCCUGGAGAUGCUCUCGAACAUUCAGUCCGGACCCUCUUGGAGGAGCAGCUUGUGUGCAGGGCUGCAUAUCUUUCGCUUUUGCUAG